UUGCUCGCAUUGAUCUUGUUUGUUGAUCAUUCCGUGGUUGUCCAAGGCUCGCGUCGGAUUCCGCGUUCCGUGCCGUGGUGUGGAUAGGUCGUGCAUUUGCUUCGGUUUACAUAUUUAUUUUUUUGGUGUCGUGAAAACUGCUCCGAUUAAUUUUCGUCAAAGAGUUUUGGUUCAGAUAUAAUUUCGUGUGUUUGGUAAUUUUUCUGCUGUGCCCGAGUUGGGAUGGAUGAGACAUGCGGAGCGGCGACUUUGGUGUGCGGCACAGGGCCUCCUUUGGCUGUACUAUGCUCGUCAUCAGGUCUCCAGUUCAUCUGCUCCGCCAACAAUGGAACCAGCAACUGGAGCUCAACUGCUAUCCCUACCAUGGCCAUGACCCCCGGCCACAUGAGGCCCCACAACUCCGCGUUCCUGGGCUUGGGCCUGGCACUCGCCUCCACCAUCUUCAUCGGUGUCAGCUUCAUCCUCAAGAAGAAAGGCCUCAUGCGAUUGGCUCGUGCUGGCUCUACACGCGCCGGUGACGGAGGUCAUGCCUACCUAAAGGAGUGGCUCUGGUGGGCAGGGCUUAUAACAAUGGCGGUGGGUGAGGCGGCCAACUUCGCCGCCUACGCGUUUGCACCGGCUUCGCUCGUCACUCCGCUGGGCGCCCUGAGCAUCCUCGUCACGGCGGUGCUGGCUUGGUGUGUGCUGGGGGAGAGGCUGGAGCACCUGGGUCGGCUGGGCUGCCUGCUGAGUGUGCUCGGGGCAGUGGUGAUGGUCGUCCACGCGCCACAGGACGUCGAGGUGGCCUCGCUCAAUGAGAUGUUGAUUCACUUGCAGGACCCAGCGUUCAUCACGUACGCGGUGCUGGUGGUGUGCAUCGCCGUGGCCCUCGCCGUCAUCGCCGUGCCCCGCUUCGGCAACAGCAGCGUCCUCGUCUACGUCCUCAUCUGUUCCACCGUGGGCUCGCUGUCCGUCGCCUCCGUCAAGGGGCUCUCGCUCGUGCUCAAGGAGCUCUUCAUGGGGAAGUCCGUGUUCACACAGCCCCUCACGUGGUGCCUCCUCAUCUCUCUGAUCGCCUGCAUCACCACCCAGAUCAACUACCUCAACAAGGCGCUGGACACAUUCAGCACGCACGUCGUGACCCCCGUCUACUAUGUCGCCUUCACCUCCUGUGUCGUCAUCUGCUCCGCCAUCCUCUUCCAGGAGUGGCGCGGCGUUGGGGCCGUGGACGUGCUGGCCAUGCUGAGCGGUUUCGGCACGGUCGUCAUCGGGAUCUUCCUGCUGAAUGUGAACAGCGAUGCCAGUGGCGGCGGUGGUGGUGUGAUGAACCUGGACCUGUCGCAGCACAGCACAUCUCGCCACGCACUUCUGAACAACGAGGAGGAUGAUGAGGAUGACGACGUAGAAGCACGGAGCACGCGGGACCCGGUCAGCCCGGGCCGCAUGACGCUCGACAGAAAUCCCAAGUUUACGAAGAAAGCGCCGUGACCGGCGGCGCUGUUGAGGAUGCGUUUGUGACCGUCUCCUUUGUGUGUGUGUGUGUGACUGGUGUUACUCUGUCUGUCCGUCUACCAGGACAUGCGUCUGUCUGCCUGUCCCCACCCCCAUGUGUGCGUCUUACUGUCCGGCCAGGUGUGGUCUUGGCCACACCACAUUCUCAUGUUGGCCUUGCUAGGUGCUUGCUAUAACAGCACUUGCCCGUACAGUCUAUAAGACUGUACGGGAUAUAUUUGUUUAUGAUGUGAGGGAGCACAUGUCUGCAUAUGUGUGUAUGUAUGCGCACAUGCCUCUUAGCUAUCUGAACAUUUCUCUUACGUGUAUGUCUGCCUCUCCCACAGCACUUCGUACUUGUCCAUUUACACUGUGCAGUACACACAUCUGAGCAAUAUAUUAAUCGGGACACAGCCUCAAUACAGGCAGCACCUGUAGACAGUGUUUGAGAGCCUGUGGCCAGGCAGUGGUAAAUACCUAUAGUGUGAGCUGGAAGUUAAUUCCUCAAGGUCUGUACCAAGCUGGGACUGGUACGGGGAUCAGGACUGAGUCCCUGUGGGGUGACUUGGGUGAGGGAUCGGGACUGUGGGGUCCCAGGAGUGUUUGGCUUUAAACUUGGGAAGUACUGAGUUCUUGUAAGUUUGAGUAACCAGAGUACGAGCGUCAGGAAACCUGCAAAAAGGGAUCUGAACAAAAGGGAUCUUUUGAAAAAGAGAGGGUCUGGGUAAACGAUCUAGGGUGUGUUUUAAUUGAAGGGAGGAUGUGGGUCAGGGAUCAGGGCGAUAUCGCAGGAGCUGGUUGCAUUGAACACUUUGUACAUUCAUAACUCUUAUGUGCUGGAUAAGGGCCUCUCCAUACCGGGCAAGUUGUGGAGAUUAUUUGACCAUACUUAACAACACUGGUCAGUAUAGAUUGGUGAAGAUGAGGAGCAUAGAUACGCGAGUUUGUCAGUGCAGUGCAACAAUGGAUGUUGCUGCAUUCCCCCUCGUAGCCUGACAAGCCCCGUGACAACACCGUGUGCACAUCACAGUGACUCAUCCAAGCGCCAUCUUCACAGAAGCCUGCUUAGCUUCUGUGACCUUGUGGGACCGGAUGAUUGGGUCAUAGGCAAAGGGUAAGGACCCCUCAAGCAGAAUUAUCUCUUAACGGUUUGCCACUUUUAGAGUGGUGCAAGGGGCAAAAGUUCACACGGGAGUCCCGAGUGUGUGUGAGUGACGCAACGACGAUCCGCGAAGGCGUCCGCGUGGAGACGGAACCCGCGUGCUCCCUCCGUCUCGACGUCUUGGGCACACACCUGAUCUCGUCUCACCAGGAAGCCUAAUUUGUGUAAAGAAAAAAACCGACUUGUGAAGACGUUUAUUUUUACACCGAUGAAGGCCAAAGUAAUUUAUAGUCUUAUAUUUUUAUUUUAUAAUUAUCCGGUCCCUAUGGCCAGGAUUUUAAUGCUGCAUUUUUAUUUUUGUAUUGAGGCUGCGCGAAGCGUGAGCCAAAUUGUUGCAAACGAUCAUGGGAGUCGGGGUAAUUGCUGCUAAACCAAACUUUACAAUCCUCUCUUCUGGUGGACUAUACAAUGAGCACUACGUAUACGGCUUCUCCUCGCCGUCGGAGCUCACGCCGCAACUAGACGGGACUUGCGAGAUGUCUCUCUCUCCAUGGACCGUGUCGCUGUUGACUGCUGGGGGGGGGGGGGGCUCUGGGUAAAAUCACGAUGUCCCCAUCGGUAAUCGUACCGGUGCAAUGAUGUCAUCAUGCUGGCGUGUCUUGCCCCAUCGCACCAUUGUUACCCCACCCCGCUGAGCUUUGCCAUGCCAGGGUAGACUUGCACAUGUGCUCACGUUACUUCGUUUGCAAGGAAUGGCAUUGUGGGAUUCCCUGCCCACCCCCCAAUAAUGCCACAGGGCUAAGAUGUAAUUUGCGAGAUGAUUGGCUUAGCCUGCACUUGUUAUUUAUUUUGUUUGCUGCUGAUGGGCAUUGUUAUUCACCUGAAGGUUGUCAGUUGGAUUUAUUUCAAGUCUUAAAAGAGUCUGUGCCAUUCUCUGUGUAUAGGCCACUCGGGAACAAAGGGUGUCUGCCUAACAGCCAAAAUAAGCCUCAUGGAAAUAGGAUAGCAGAGCUGCACUGCACUGAUGAGCCAUAGUAAGAGAAAUAUAGCAAAACAUUUGCGAUGUGUUUAGCGUAAGGGCUCUACUUUUAGAAGUGAUUCAGAAUAAUUGUGAAACUUACUGAGCAGUUGUCUUCAAAUAUUCAUAGUACUACAUCGCAGAGUAUGAGAGUUGUAUUAAUCACUGAUUAUCUCUUAAUAACGUUACACUUUUGAAUAGUUGCCAUGAGUAUAAACAUUAUACUGUCACUCAUAUCUAAUAAUGGUGAAAACGCUGAACAGUUGCAAAAUAUGAGUUACAUGAAUCGCUGAUCUCUAAAAUAAUCUAAACGGCUGCCAUAUUGAGUGAGAACUAUAACCACCACUGAUGGACCCUAUUAAUGAUCAAAGCUCUAAAUAAUUGCCAUGGAGAAUAGCCGAGCUACCUUACUCAAUGAGCUCUAAUGAGGGGACUAGCCAUGCAGCUGGUGGCGUAGAAAACGGGCUGCCUUACUGUGUGCAGCUGUUAUGCGCGCGCGUGUGUGUGUGUGGACUCAACAGGGUCGUGUUAUGGGGUGGGUUUGUUCAGUGGCUUCAGUCUAUACACAAUGACAAAGCACACAUUUGGUUAAACAAAAGGGGACGGUCGGCGGAAGAAAUGUUAAUGUUUUUUAAUUAAAAGUUAAAAAUCAGUCUGCGAUAAUUGUACGGUUUAUACUGUGUCACAAAUGGUAAAUGUAAAAUUAGACAUUGGCAAGAUCAUGUUAUUUUUAGUUCAGGAUUUUUGUAACGAACCACAUAUAUAAGCGUUUGGUGCGCGUGUGUGUA